CCGCUCCGCCCGUGGAAGAGGGCUCGCCCCUCCAGGAAGCGCCCGCCUCGCCUCCUCGCUCCCUCCCUGCACCCGCCCUCGGCCGGAGGGAGGAGCCCGAGCCGCCACCGCCCGCCCGGCCCGGGAGGAGGACCGAACCCCGAGCGGCUGAAGCGCACGCUAGCGGGCCGUGGCAGCUCGGGCGGCGCCCUGAGCCCGUCCCGCUCCCGCGGGCCCGGCUGAGCAGGGACAGCGCCCAGGGAUGCCCCGGCGGCCCGGAGCGCCGGCAGCGGCAGCCGUGCGGUGAGGGCGGAGGCGCCCGCGGGACCCGCGGGGGAGAACUGAGACCAGAGAGAUUAAGUAACCUGCCUGAGGUCACAGAGCAGGUGAAUGGAGAAGCCAGGGACUCAGACCACCACAGUCCGAGUCCAGCGUCUGUGCCCCUAACCACUGCAUGGUACUGACCAGGCGACCAAGUCUCUUUCUUUGUUGCUGUCACCAGCAAAACAGACUGCCAGGAACUGCUGCUGCUGCCACCACCAGCCCCCAUGGCUUACGUACCAGGUGGGAGUAACCCAGCAGCGGGGGCAGCCCCCAUGGGCUCCCAGUAUUGUGUGUGCAAAGUGGAGCUGUCUGUGAGUGGCCAGAAUCUGCUGGACCGGGAUGUUACCUCCAAGUCCGACCCCUUCUGUGUCCUCUUUACAGAGAACAACGGCAGAUGGAUGGAGUAUGACAGGACAGAAACUGCAAUCAACAACCUCAAUCCUGCGUUCUCCAGGAAGUUUGUCCUUGACUACCACUUUGAGGAAGUGCAGAAGCUCAAGUUUGCCUUGUUUGACCAGGACAAGUCCAGCGCACAGCUGGACGAGCAUGACUUCCUGGGCCAGUUCUCCUGUAGCCUGGGCAUGAUUGUCUCCAGCAAGAAGAUCACUCGGCCUCUGCUGCUGAUGAAUGAUAAGCCCGCAGGGAAGGGCUUGAUUACGAUUGCCGCCCAGGAACUGUCUGACAACCGGGUCAUCACACUGAGUCUGGCAGGCAGGAAGCUGGACAAGAAGGAUCUCUUUGGGAAGUCAGACCCAUUCCUCGAGUUUUAUAAGCCAGGAGAUGAUGGCAAGUGGAUGCUGGUCCACAGGACUGAGGUGAUCAAGUACACACUGGACCCUGUGUGGAAACCAUUCACAGUGCCACUGGUGUCCUUGUGUGAUGCGGACAUGCAGAAGCCCAUCCAGGUCACGUGCUACGACUAUGACAACGACGGAGGCCACGACUUCAUCGGCGAGUUCCAGACCUCAGUGUCACAGAUGUGCGAGGCUCGUGAUGGUGUCCCGCUGGAGUUCGAGUGCAUCAACCCCAAGAAGCAGAGGAAGAAGAAGAACUACAAAAACUCGGGCAUCAUUAUCCUGCGUUUCUGUAAGAUAAACCGGGACUACUCUUUCCUGGACUACAUCCUAGGAGGCUGCCAGCUCAUGUUCACCGUUGGAAUAGACUUCACAGCCUCCAAUGGGAAUCCCCUUGACCCUUCCUCUUUACACUAUAUCAAUCCCAUGGGUACCAAUGAAUAUCUGUCAGCAAUCUGGGCUGUUGGGCAGAUCAUUCAGGACUAUGACAGUGAUAAGAUGUUUCCGGCUCUGGGAUUCGGGGCCCAGUUACCUCCAGACUGGAAGGUCUCCCAUGAGUUUGCCAUCAACUUCAAUCCCACCAACCCCUUCUGCUCUGGUGUGGACGGCAUCGCUCAGGCGUACUCAGCUUGCCUGCCCCACAUCCGCUUCUAUGGACCCACCAAUUUCUCCCCCAUUGUCAACCACGUGGCCCGAUUUGCAGCCCAGGCCACGCAGCAGCAGACAGCCACGCAGUACUUCAUCCUCCUCAUCAUCACGGACGGCGUCAUCAGCGACAUGGAGGAGACACGGCACGCCGUGGUGCAGGCUUCCAAGCUGCCCAUGUCCAUCAUCAUCGUGGGCGUGGGCAAUGCUGACUUCACUGCCAUGGAGUUCCUGGAUGGGGACAGCCGGGUGCUGCGCUCCCACACAGGGGAGGAGGCGGCCCGGGACAUUGUGCAAUUCGUGCCCUUCCGAGAGUUCCGCAACGCAGCAAAAGAGACUUUGGCCAAAGCUGUGCUGGCGGAGCUGCCCCAACAAGUUGUGCAGUAUUUCAAGCAUAAAAACCUGUCCCCCACCAACUCAGAGCCCGCCUGAGUGCCCUGCCCAGCAGCAGCAUGCCGGCUGGGCCCCCUCCCCCAGCAACACGCAUGCUCACCCUGCUUCCUUGUGAGUGGCCUUUUUUUUAACCAAUCUACAUUUUUUUUUUUUUUGUACAACUGGACCUCUAGGCCAACUUCCCCCAGCCCAGCUGGGCUUCCUUUGUUGGAAUCAGAUUGAUGAUGCUUCCAGGCCUAACAGGCUUCUUCCCCUCCUCCCGCUCCACCCUUGCCACUCUUAAGUAUUGAAUGUACUUUGUAUAAUUUUAGUGGAAUUACUAUUGUUAUUAAAGGAGAAUAAAAUUUUUACGAUCAUAA